AUGUACGAGCAAGUUGCUCAGCGCUCAAGCUUUGAAUCACUUCCUAUUGUGAAGGACACGCCUAAGCAGAGGUUGGGGUAUCUGAAGGUGGAAGGCAUUUCUACCGUUAUUCUCUUACUUCUUGCCACUUUUGGGGUCAUUGAUCUCUGUUACCAAGCAUACAAUAGGAUUUACACUACGAACCACAUCCAUAUCCACGCAAAUACACAAUCCGAGCCAGAUAUAUCGUGUAAUUGCGGAGACACUAUCACCGAGGCCCUUUCAAACAACUGCACAUAUGAUUCUUUAGCUGCGGCGUGGCUUCCGCCAGCUUGUCGGAACGACGACCUCACUUCAGCUUUUGAAAAGGCGGGGUCAAAUCCGGAUGGAAGCUGGCCUUACUUUGCAGAUGUGAAUAUGACACGACCGCUGUCACUGAAUGAGGUGUCUAUGCUUCCUGUUACUAGGGCAGGGGGUGGAGAUGCAAAAAACGUCUUUUACACGACCCACAGGUGGCAUUUAGUGCAUUGUAUGUAUUACUGGAAGAAAAUGUUCUUGUCGCCAGAAAUAGGAACAACAAUUGAAAGGAGAUAUAACAAUGUGGGGCAUAUUGAGCACUGUCUGAGGGCUGUACUAGAACGGAAAGAAGGCCUGGACGAGGUUACCACGGGGGCUGGAGUGGCAUUGCACUCGGAUUGGAUCAAUGGAAGGCCGGAUGCACAAGACCAUGACCAUGAACACGACCACAAAUAA